AUGUUACUUAAUAUUGAAUAUUUUUAUUCGUCUACUGUUCAAUUUGCUCAUUUAUUCAGAUCUGAUGAUGAUGAUAAGUUAAAAAAUAUUUUUGAUGAAACUAGACAAAAUGAUUCACUAUCGUUAUCAUCAAAAACACGAUUAAUAACAAGAAAUAUUCAAAAUGAUGAACAGUUAUUUAUUAGACGUCAAAUAUUUGAAAUAUUUGAUGAUUAUACUGCUGUGGAUGAUUCUGCGUAUACAAAUUUAACCCAUGUCAUAUGUUCAAAUUUCGACAAUUCAUUAACACAAUCAAAUAAUAAAAUUAUUCUAAUUCAACCAAAUAUAUUAGAGAAAUAUGAUUUGAUACCGUAUGAUUAUACAAUAUGGCAAACAUCUAUCAGUUUAUCUCGUUCAGUAACACCAUGUGAACAUUCAAUAAUGAUGAAAUUACUUUUAUUAUUUGAUAAAUUAUGUCGUAAAAAUCAAAUUCAGUACAUGAUGAUUGAUGGCACUCUACUCGGCAGUUAUCGACAUCAUGAUUUAAUACCAUGGGACGAUGAUAUCGAUUUGUUAAUGUCUGUUAAAGAUAAACGACGUCUUAAUCGUGCUAUUCAAAAACAUUUUGUCAUGUCUGGUAAAACAACCAAUGAUAUUUAUCAUAUUGAAUAUUUUCGUCGAUGGGAUCCAGAUAAAUCAUUUGAAUAUUAUAAAUUUUAUUUUUCAUCAUCAUUAAAAUUAAGUUCAAAUAAUUGGAAAUGGCCAUUUAUUGAUUUAAUAUUUUAUCAUGAAAAUCGUACUCAUUUAUGGCAUGAAAAUAAUUUUCAAUUCACUAUUAAAAAAUCGUAUAUUUUUCCGCUUAUUUUACGACCAUUAGGACGUCUCUGGUUACCAGCACCACAAAGCCCACUUGGAUAUUUUGAUUCUGUUAAAUAUUUAAAUGUUGAUCGAGAAUGUUUUAGUCAAAAUUGGUCACAUAAAUAUGAACAAUUGAAAGAAAAUUUGAUGAUGAAUUGUGAUAGACUUAAACAUAUUUACCCAUUUGUUACAAGAAAUUGUACGAAAGUAAGUUGCCAAGAAAGUUUACAAGUAAAUAAGAAAGUAAUUCAUAAUGCAAUAAUCAAAAAUGAUCAGUAUUACGCAAACAAGGUAUCUCUCAUGUAA